GUUUUAGUUGACUGGAGUCUAGUCUCAAUAGAUCUCUGGUAAAAAGACAUCUACAGAAUGAAGUUUGUGAUUUUAGUAGUUACUGUGGCAUUGGCGAAUGCUCUCAACCUCUCUAUUGAAGAUUUGGAAUGGAUUGCCUGGAAAAAGAAGUUUGGUAAAUUGUACUCUUCCCUCAAAGAGGUAGAGUAUCGUAAGGAGAUCUGGCUGACUAACUGGAAGACGGUUAUAGUGCACAAUAUGCUGGCAGACCAGGGGCUGUAUAAUUAUCGACUGGGAAUGAACGCUUUUGCUGACCUGAAAAAUGAAGAAUAUAAAAAAUUGGUGCUUGGCAACUGCUUGAGAAACACAAAUUCCACAAAGCAUGCCACAUUCCAUUCUUUGCCCUUUAAUAAUGUUGAUCUUCCAGACAGAGUGGAUUGGAGAGAUAAAGGCUAUGUCACUCCUGUGAAAAACCAAGAGGAUUGUGGUUCGUGCUGGGCAUUCAGUGCAACUGGAUCUUUGGAAGGACAGCACUUUAGGAAAACUGGUAACUUAGUUUCUCUGAGUGAACAGCAGCUUGUUGACUGCUCCAGUGAUUAUGGAAAUUCUGGCUGUGACGGUGGAUUCAUGGAUAAUGCAUUUCGUUACAUAAUAAUGAAUGGAGGAAUCGACACUGAAGAAUCGUAUCCAUAUACAGCAGAGGAAGGAUUAUGCAGCUUUAAUCCAGAAACUAUUGGUGCUGUAUGCAAUGGGUAUAUUGAUCUACCCGAGGGAAGUGAGGCUUAUUUGCAAAUGGCAGUAGCAGACAAUGGACCAAUCUCCGUUGCCAUUGAUGCAGGUCAUCUAUCAUUCCAAUUAUAUUCCUCAGGUGUCUAUGAUGAGCCCUUGUGUAGCAGUGAAGAGCUGAAUCAUGGUGUUCUGGUUAUUGGAUAUGGAACAUUACAUGGAAAUGACUAUUGGCUGGUUAAGAACAGCUGGGGUACAGACUGGGGCGAUGAAGGAUUUAUUUACAUGUCAAGGAACAAGAACAAUCAAUGUGGAAUUGCGUCUGCUGCCAGCUUUCCUGUGGUUUAGUCUAAAUUUUGAAAUUCGCAGUAAUUCCAAAAUGGUGCCAUGGUGGAUACUGAAGGAUGCUAAUAUAAAAUAUUAUAUCAUAUAGCAUAUUUUUGAACCCCAAUCACUUUUAAUAAAUUGUAUAAUGCAUUAUAAGCCAUUGCUGGAUACAUUUUGUUUUGCUAGUUUAGUUUCUCAUAGGCAAUGAAACCUUAUUGUUUAUGCAUGUACUGAGCCAUAGUAUUUUGAGGUUUUUUUUGAACAAGAUUUGUACAUUGGAGAUGUUCAUACACAUUUUUAUGACAUUAUACUUCAGUCCAUUAUACUCUCCAAGAUAUUCUGGAAAGUUAACUGGAUUUAUCUGGUUCUGCUAUUGAUGUACGUCGCAAUAAAUAUGUCAUUUUUAACUUCAA